AUGUCAAAGGCGCCGAUUGAUUUCGAAGAAGAGUGGAGUAAGGUACGGAAUAUCGUUAUGCUGCUCAUUUUCAAACUCCGUCUCUUGCUUUUGAGCGAAUCACCCCUAGAUUAGGCCAAACAUUGUAUGAAUAUGUAAUGAUUUCAGAUCUCUAAUGGUACGCUUGAGAUCAAAUGGUUCUACUUCCCAACAACUCAAAGCUUGAAAGUCGACAUUGACAAGAUUCAAUGUGUAAAAAUCAAGAGCCAAGCGAAUAGCUAUGCAAAAAACUGGGGAUCCGGAGACCUCACCACUUGGUGGGCAUGUGACAUGAAACGGUAAAUCAUUAAUUCCGGCUACCCUAUCCCAGUUUUCUUUAUUUAAGUAACUUCCGUAGUCAUCCGGAGCGGUUCUACAACGUCAAAGUCGACAUCGGAGAGACCUUCAAGAAGGGAUUUACUGUUCAGGACCUCGAAAAGUUCCUCGUGGCAAUCCGAAAAUGGCUCAAGAUUCAAAACAUUGUGUUUGAGUGA